AUGUUCACGGCGGCGGCCGAAAGCUUCCUCAAGCAGGCGAGGGAGAUCCAAGAGGAAGAGCUGCGGAGAUUCGCGUCCCGCGUCGCCUCCCUCCUGCAGGGCCCGGAGCUGGGCCCCGAGGCCGUGGACUGUCUCCAGAGGCUGCACCUCACCAUCGCUGCCACCAAAUACCCCCGCAGGCUAGAUGGCAAGUUUGUGGAACUGUUGCAGACAGUGCUGUGUUCAUCCAAGUGCCCUGAGCAGAUUCAGGUGUUAUGUGCUGCCAUCCUGAGGGAGAUGUCACCUUGUAAUGAUCUGAUCCUCUCCUGUGAUGAGAUUCAAGAUACAAAGCUCUUGAGCUUGGUAUCCUCCAUCCUUUUGGCUCAGGGAAACAAGAAGGGUGAAGUGGCUGCUGUGGGGCAACGUAUUGUAAAAGUCCUUGAAAGAAGACUGCCUGAGGGUCAGAGUGCUCGGUACAUUCUUCCUGUCCUGUCAAAUGUCAUCAGUCUUUCACCAGAAUCUCUAACUGAAGAACAGGUCAAUGUAGUCAGUAAAAAGAUGACAGACUGGCUGAGGUAUGCGAGUACUCAGCAAGGAGUGGCUCAGCCCUCUGGAGGCUUCUUCUCCAGUCCCAGAACCAAGCAGCCUGGACCUGUCACAGAGGUGGAUGGUGCCAUUGCCACAGACUUCUUCACAGUGCUGUCAGUGGGUCAGUACCACACACAAGACCAGUGGCUCAACGUCCAAGCCUUCUCCAUGCUGCGAAACUGGCUGCUGUGCUAUGGGGACAGGGGUUUGAAGACACCCAAUGCAGAUGACAGAUCAGGAAUGGACAAGUCUGUUAUGUCCACAGUCUCAACUCUGCCCACAUCCAGUCGCCUGCUUCCCCCAAAGGAGCGUCUGCGGGAGAAAGCCUUCGAGUACUGCCAGCGGCUGGUGGAGCAGAGCCACCGGCGACCCCUGAAGAAAGACGAUGCAGACCUACAGAAAGCUUGUCUCAUUGAAGCAGUGACAAUCAUGGACAUCAUCUGCAAACAAGACUCCUCCUAUGUGUACCGUGCAGCCUCCUUCCUGAAAGUCCUGCAUGGCAGAAUCUGUGGGGAUGCUGCUUAUGCCAGGGCACUGCUGCCCAUUGCCCAGUUCUUCCUGAACCACAGCAAAGUGGCAGCUGUGGACUCUGAUGCAAUCUACAGACACUUACUCACUGAUAUCCCUGCUCAGCUCUUCCACAACGCGUCGCUGGCCUUUGAGUUUGUCCGGUUCUGCAAAGACAACAGCCAGCUCUUCACUGAGACCUCCAGUGUAUUCAGGCAGAGCUUCCCAAAUCUCUUCAAGUUCCUAGCGUGGAACAGCCCACCCCUCAUCUCUGAGUUUGUGGACCUUCUCCCAUUUCUGCUGCAUGCAGACACAGCCAUUGAGAUCUUCCAUUUGCUUCUUGACCUACCCUGUUUGACAGCAGCUCUGGACGUGCAGCUGAGGUCAGCUGCUCUUCCUACCUCUGAGAAGGCUGCCAGUGACCCAGCUGUGAAGCCAACCACCUGUCUGGAAGCCUUUCGCCAUCCCCUCUACAGGAGCAUGUUCCAGUAUCUUCUCUGUGCCAAGUCUACCUCAGAGGAUGCCCCAGAGAGACUGAUUCCACUUCGGCAGCUGCUGGGAUCCCUGGCCAGCAGCCCAAGGGUCGUGCAGUGUGCAGAGACUGUCCCUGUCUUACUGGAGCUCUUUUUCAGGGUGGUGGCAGAGUUUGCAGAUGGGCCACUGAUAAACCAGCUGGUGGUGCUGCUGCUGCAGAGGAGUGACCAGCUCUAUGAGAUCCCAGCAUUCAAAGAUGAUGUGUACAGGGUGCUGAGCUCACAGCUGGUGACGCUCUGCAGGUUGCACCCUGCGCUCAUCGUGGAGCUAUCCACAGAGAUUCUGGAGUUCUCAGGAGCAGUCAGCAACAUCCAGAACAAGGAGGUCAUCUUCACCCAUGUGGUCUGGGCAGUUGGAGAGUACCUGUCAGUGUGCUACGACAGGCGCUGCAGCGUGGAGCAGAUCCUGAGGUUCUUUGAGACGCUGGAGGCUGUGCUGUUCGAGGUCACCCAGCUCCGGCCGCUGCCCUCCACCCCUGGCUACGCGCCCCGGGCCAUCAGCGUCCUCAUGGCCACCUUGACCAAGCUGGCAGCUCGUAGCCAGGACUUGAUCCCCAGAGUGUCCAUGUUCCUGUCCAAGAUGAGGACCUUUGUGCAGAGCCCUGCUGUCACCUCUGUGUACCGAGAAGAGGACCUUGAGGAGAUCCUUAUCCGAGCCACUGAACUCCUGAACCUGCUGAAAAUGCCCAGCGUGGCUCAGUUUGUGUUCACACCACCUGUGGCCAGCACACGGUUUCAGAGGGAGGUGAAUGACUCCCUCCCUUGUGCCCUCAGGAUAGUCACCCGGCUCCUGGAGCCGACUCCUGGCUUCAUGCCAGGGUGAGGACAUGAGCUUGCUGAGAGGCUCCAGCCUCUGUGGUAACUCACUGGACCCUG